UUCUGCCGUAGUAGGUACAUGUGACCGUCUCUGGCCUGGAGUGUGUUGCCUUUAGCAUUGUCUGUUUGUAACCAUCAUCAGACACAGCGAAGGCCUAUUACAUAGACAUAAGACUUACAUUUUCUUCUAUAAUGUAUCUUAUAUCGAGCUGUCUCCUCCUCCUCAUGCCAGCAGUCGUAUCCUCAUUACCGUUUGGCUGCCAACAGGGCGUGAACUGCCACCUACCUAAAUGUUUCUGUAGCACUUUGCAUCACUUUAUGAACCGUAGUGAUAUUCCACAGAUGGUUUAUUUUGGAUUGGACGAUGCCGUGACUGGAUCCGCUUCGGACUAUUACAAAGUUCUGUUCAGAAGAGAACGAAAAAAUCCGAAUGGCUGUCCAAUAACUCCAACUUUGUACAUUUCCCACACGUACACCCAGUACAACGUUGUACGAGAAUAUCGUGACCUUGGAUACGAACUGGCCGUGCAUAGUGUCACCCACACAAACAUUAACACGGGCCCAAAAGUGUUGCAAGAGGCGCGCGAUCAGAAGAACAAUAUCAUAAAUCUUGCUGGAGCGAAGCCUGAAGAUGUUGUUGGCUGGAGAAGCCCUUUCCUAAAGACGGCGGGAGACAGUCAGGUGGACAUGCUAGAACAGUUAGGGUUCGAGUACGAUAUUUCAUUGACGCACAAACGCGCACACAUGCGUGACGGCAGUCCCUUUCCUUUUACAUUGGACUACGGAUGGCCAUAUAACUGCCAGAUUCGUCCAUGUCCCCAUAACAGUCACAAAGGAUUCUGGGAAGUUCCAGUGAACGCUAUGCGGGAUUUCAAAGACCAGUUCUCGUGUGCCUAUGUUGAUGGCUGCUAUAACAGACCCUCUACCGAGGAGCAGGCCUAUAAGUACAUCAUGGACAAUUUCCUGAGUCACUAUAAUGGUAACAGAGCUCCUUUAGGGUUCAAUAUGCACUACGCCUGGUUUAUGUUAAAUGAUAAUAAUUUCAAGGCGAUGGACAGGGCUAUAGAGGAUAUAAUGCAGUACCCCGGUGUAUAUAUUGUUAACGUUAAACAGAUGCUAGAGUGGAUGAAACGUCCGACAAAGCUUUCUGAACUUUCCAGCUUUGAACCCUGGGGAUGUGGUCUGACAACCCCAAAACCACACAUAACAACUACUACUACGACAACAACUCCAAGACCAACGACAACUACUACUAAACCAACAACGACUACAACAACAACAACAACAACAACAACAACGACAACAACACCAAAACCAACAACGACCACGACAACUACAACAACUCCGAAACCAACAACGACCACGACAACUCCGAAACCAACAACGACCACGACAACUCCGAAACCAACAACGACCACGACAACAACUCCGAAACCAACAACGACUACAACAACGACUCCGAAACCAACAACAACCACAACAACUCCGAAACCAACAACGACCACAACAACACCCAAACCAACAACUACCACAACAACCACACCCAAACCUGCAAUAACUGAAGCACCAAAACCAACGACAAGGCAACAACCACCAUCGACUACGAAUGCACCGGAAGUGAAACACAAAACACGUCUACCAGGUCCUAUACCCAACGAAAAUUGUCAACAGGAAGUAAACUGCCACCUACCGGAUUGUUAUUGUGCUGGUACAAGUAUUCCAGGAGAACUUCCGGUAUCAGACACACCACAAAUGGUAUUCUUUACGUUGGAUGGUGUAGUGAACUAUCAGGUGUACGGGAAGAUUAGUAGAUUACUUCCGGCUUCUCGGAAGAACCCUGACAAUUGUCCGGUAAGUGCUACGUUUUUUGUUUCCCAGUCUGGUACCUUUAGAAUGUACCUGAAACUUUUGAAAAGCCGCGGUAUGGAAAUUGCAAACAAAGGUUAUAAUGGGGUACAUUUUAACAAUCAGCAUGUCCUUAACGACGAAAUGAUGUCACAACUUGGAGAAUUAGGUCAACUAGACAUCAAACCGAAAGGCUGGAGGAGUCCUAAUCUUAAACCAUUAGGGGAUGGUCAGUUCGAAAAAGUUAUGAAGAAUGGUUAUCUCUACGAUUCCACGUUAACAGUCCCUCGAGAAAGCAAUGGUGAUAAGUACUGGCCAUUUACCUUAGAUUAUGGGUGGAAGGAGUCCUGUGUGAUACCAGACUGUCCCAAGGCUGCCUAUCCGGGGUUAUGGGAGGUUCCCAACACUCCAGUUAUAGAUUAUCGCAAUCUCUACAUCUGUAACUAUGUGGAUGGCUGUAUGUAUUCUCCCCCUACAGCUAACGACACGUUCAACUUCCUUUGGAAUAAUUUCAAAGCUCAUUAUCAAACAAACAAGGCACCUUUCGGAAUACAUCUUCGUCAUAUCUGGUUCUCACACCCAUUCUUUACUAAAAACCUGGAAGGGCUGCAAAUGUUUGUUGACAAAUUGAGCACGAUGAAUGACGUUUAUAUUCUGGCCAUCAGGGAUAUACUUCAAUGGAUGAAAACGCCAACGUCUCUACAGAACCUCCAAACGAACAGUCCCUGGCAGUGUUGAUCAAUAGUGUUCAGAACAUUAUGUAGUAUUAUUCGUUUUAAGUACAGUUCUAUCCCCAAAGUGCUAGUUUCAUAUAGUUUUAAGUUGACGCCCUGUUCGUCGUAAAUGCAUCCUAUUGUUUUACCUAUACGAUUCAUCUAAAGUGUGACCAUAUCUUCUUUUGAGGUAAAUAUUUCGGUUCAUUUAUGUUACCAGAAUAAGAAAAACAAUAACUAUAAUAGGGAUAGAAAUAUCUAUAACAGCCAUUCAUGUGGUUUUUAUUGUGCUUAUCCUCAAUAAGCAGUACCUAUUUACACUUUACAAGUUAUAAAAUGUAAUAUUAGCACGAAAGUUCAGAAUAUCUGGCCGACUAUGCCUUUAGAUGAACCGUAUUCCAAACCUAUUUAAUUAUACCAAACACGAUUUUAAAUACCAGAUAACAUAUUUUCAUUUAUAUGUUUAUGACCAUAAAUCAAGUUGUUAAUUUAUUUUUGUAUUCACAAAUGUUAAUAUAUUUACCCUUUUGUCUCGUUGUCUAUGGAAAUGUAUUCGUACCAUGUGAUCGUUAUUUUUACGUAUGGCAUUUACAAUCAAAUUGUAAAUCAACAUAUACAUGUGAUGUAGUUUGGUUCUUAUGAAAUCCAUUUAUCCCCUGAGGCUGUGACAUUUAGAUGUACCAAAUAACAAAACAAAAGCCCGAAACUGUUUUUAUUAAUGCUAUAUGAAAUAACGAAUAUACAUAUAAAAUUAUAUUACAUACAUGAAAUUUAAAAGUGUUCGGCCUUUUAUUCCUUUUUAUACAAUGUAUUCCGUAUCUGUCAUUCCUACCGGAAUUAAUUCUUAUUACGUUAGACGGAUUGUUUUGGACACAACGUAUUCCAAAUCUGUGUCCUUGAUACCUUAGAUUGAUGCCAAUUUAUUCAUUUCAUUUAUUGAAAUAAAAUAUAAGAAAUUAUUUUAAAUUAUUUGAUCAUAUUAUGAAAGGCAGAGUAAAACAGUCUUUAAAAAUCGUUUUACUACAUAACUGAAUAGGAUAUUUCCUUUAAACAUUCUGAAGAAUAUGCUUAUUAUUUUACCAUAGGGAAGCCUUAAACUAGUCCCUAAAGCAAGGCACACAAAAUGGGCCUGUGUACUAUAUAAAUGUAAGUUGUUAUUCGCCAUCAGAAUUAAGACACUUAAUUAAGAAAACUGGUGAUAUCCACCAAACUAUGCAUUAACAUUAUACAAUAUAAGUAAUUUACAAAAACUGUCUGAUUAUUUUUAUUUAAAGACUAUUAUUUUUCGUCAACAUUAGAUCGUAUUGCAUCAGACAUGGAAACAUCACCUAUUCUUGACGAAAGCCUAUAUAUCUAAAGUUGAGAUGUAUAUCCUUAACCACAUAUUAUAAUGUGCAAUUCGUUUUUGUAAAACAUAUUUCACGAUAUAUCGUAAUGUAUCUUUGAGAAUUAAUUAUGAUUGCACAAGACUGUUGUAUGCGAAUGUACCAUCAUUGCAGUAAAGCAGCUAAUCUUUAUAAAAUAAGCACACUAGACAUCAAAGCCAUCUGUUUAUUCCAUUUUGGUCCCUGAUAAAUUUUAAUCUAUUUAUUGGACCAAAUAAUUUUGCUCGACGAAAUCGUAGUUCUAUAGCUUCAUUUCAAUUAAGCGACGCAUUUCAACCAGAAUCAUUCUGGAUUAAAAAACAUCGUUAUCUUGCCAUUAGUAAUUCCCGAUUACUCGAAAAUAAAUGCCCGGAUGGAUUGAAUUCACGUGAUAAUGUUCUCAUUUCUAUAAAGCAAAAGUUUUGGUUGAUAGGUUUACCUAAGUAUUUGUUGAACAUCAGAAAUAUAUAUCAAAGAAAUGAGAAAAUGAAUUAUUACAAUUCUCAUUGUUAAUGAUAAAUUUUGCCCAGUGUUGUAGAAGUAUUAUGUAACUACACUAAGUUAUUUAAAUACACAAUUUCAUCGUUGAAGUGGCAGUACCUCGGUCUCGUAAUCGUAGUUUUGUGCUUUAUAAAAUGCUGUUAUAUAUAUUUGUCUACCAUUGUACAUGUAACGGUAUGAUAAUUAUAUGAUAAUAAGUGGGAUAUGAUUUACAUGUCAAUUAUACGAUAUAAGCACUUUGCAUUGUCACUUUACACGUACGAUCUAUCAUAAUAAGACACAUGAAGUGCAUACAUAUGAUUCAAAUAAUGCAUGUACCUAAUGUCAUAGAUAAUGAGCUCACGUAUCUGGGAAUUUUACAGGAAAUGCUGUUGUUGAUGAUGUAAUAUUUUAAUGAAAUAGAUAAUGAAAUAAAUGCUUUUUAAUGAUGAAA